AAAGCAAUGGGAAUUCUGUAAGUGGCAAUAUAAACUACAGUGUUCACAGAAAUAUACAAGAGUCUGAAAUCGACGCUUAAAACUUAGGAGAGGUGUAUAAUAUUUGAUUAAUUCACUCAACCUGUGUCUGUGGUCGCUACAGCCGCAUCUCAGUGCAGCAACUACAUGAGUACAGCUUAACAUAUUUGUUCAGGCACUUUAGCCAACAGCUAACAGUAGCUGUCGUCGGGCUAACAAGUCCCACUCUCCACACACUACCUAGCGCUAGCAACAAGAGCAGCACCACGGAGUGUUGAACGUUAACGUCAGCUACAGAAAAACUACAAUUCACACAAGUAUAGGUGUCGGAGCGUCCUGUUGUAAAGACGAAUCCGCAAUGUUGAACCCGACCAAUGGUGACCCAGGCCACGUUGUUGUGAAUUAUGUCGAGGAGUAUUUGGACCUUGUGGAAUCACUACCUUUUGACCUACAGAGGAGUGUCUCUCUCAUGAAGGAAAUUGAUGCCAAGUAUCAAGAUGUUUUGAAGGAGCUUGAUGACGCUUAUGAACGGUAUCGCCGGGAAUCUGACUCACUUCAGAGGCGCAAGCUUCAGUUAUCGAUUCAGAGGGCUCUGAUCCGCAGUCAAGAGCUCGGAGAUGAAAAGAUCCAGAUUGCUGGUCAAAUGGUGGAGUUGGUUGAGAACCGUACACGACAAAUAGACUGGCAUUCUGAACUUCUCCUUUCCUCUCAAGAAGUCCCAGAGAGCCACGUUCCCACAGCAACAUCCAUGACAACUACUGCAGCAUCCAUGAUGUCCUCAUCAUCGGCCGCCAUCACUCCAGGUAAACCUGGCCACCAUGACAAGAAGCGUGACGAGGUAACCCCGGGCUCAGGUGGCGCAGACAAGGCUGGAGGGAAACGCUCAAGACGUCAGAAAAAUGGAGAAAAUCGGGAAAGUUACGGGGGUCUGGAUCACGCUGAGGAAGUGGGAGUGGGGGCAUCGCGGGAAAAACGUGCCAAAACCUCCUCUAAGAAGAAGAAACGGUCAAAAGGAAAGUCUGAAAGAGAAGUGUCACCUCCAGACCUGCCCAUUGAUCCAGAUGAGCCAACCUACUGCCUGUGUGAGCAGGUGUCCUAUGGCGAGAUGAUUGGCUGUGAUAACGAUGAAUGUCCCAUUGAGUGGUUUCAUUUCUCCUGUGUUGGGCUCCAUCAUAAGCCCAAGGGAAAGUGGUAUUGCCCCAAGUGUAGAGGUGAGAAUGAGAAGACCAUGGACAAGGCCUUAGAAAGGGCCAAAAAGGAGAGGGCAUACAACAGGUAGCUCGCUCUGCCUGGCCCGAUGAACACUAGUGCAUAAAAAUUUAAUUUUAUGUCCUGUCUUUAUUUCCAUUUACUGUUAACACUGUUUAAAAAGAGUAAUGAAUUGACAAGAGGGAUCUUGUACAUAGAUAUUUUUGUAACUGCUGCAUAGCUGAGAAACAAGAUUGGUCCCUCUCAAGAUUGGGGUUAUUUGUAAAGAACUGACACAGCACAGUACAUCCUGCAUGUUUGUAACCAGCUGUCCUGCACUUACUCCCCCUCUUUUUCAUCAUGCAUGCAACAUCACCCACUCCAUUAUACGUAUAUGCUCAGUUAACAAAUAAACCAUUUCUAAACACA